CUCGUCUCGAAAUGUCGAGACGAGACGAGACCAACCUUAAGUCUCGUCUAGUCUCGUCUCGCGGCACCACUAAUCUUUUUCAUCUGGGCUAAGUUGAGCUAACUUUCGUUGUAGAAAAGUUUCGAAUUUAGAAGCUUGCGAAUUACCAACUUCCCGCAACGAGUAUUCCCAUUACUUGUGCACUGACGACGGCGAAGUUAAAUGUUUGCCAGGCUGGAACGGAGACCUUUGCGACGUACCGAAAUGUCGGUCUGGAUGUGACCCAAUGCAAGGCUACUGCAAUCGACCCAACGAAUGUUUAUGCAAGUUAGGCUACUACGGAGAAAAAUGCAACAAAUGCAUUCCAUUGCCCGGAUGUCAGCAUGGAUAUUGUAAUACGAGUUUUGAGUGUAUUUGCCAGGAAGGAUGGGAUGGAUUGUUUUGUUCGGAACCAAUAUGCCGUCAUGAUUGCCAUCAAGCCAGAGGCUAUUGCAACGUACCGGGUGAUUGUAAAUGCAGGUUAGGAUGGUCAGGCAAGACGUGCAAAGAGUGCCAAGUUUUGCCUGGAUGCGUGCACGGCUACUGCGAAAAACCGUUGGAAUGUAAAUGCCAUCCUGGAUACACUGGGAUACUUUGCCAGACACCAAUCUGCUCGAAAACUUGUCAUAAGGAACGGGGGUAUUGUCGCAAACCCGACGAAUGUAGGUGCAAAGUUGGCUGGUGGGGUAAAAACUGCGAAAAAUGCUUCGCCUAUCCAGGAUGUUUGAAUGGUAGUUGUAACAGACCGUGGGAAUGUAAUUGUCAGAAAGGAUGGGGUGGAAUGCUCUGCGAUGAAGAGUUGAAUCACUGCGAAAACAAUCCUGACACGUGUAUAAAUGGUGCCAAAUGCGUUUCUUUGACCAAAGAUGAUGGACUUUAUAAAUGUCUUUGCAGAGAAGGUACUUACGGGAAAAAUUGCGAAAUGUCCGAACAUUCUACAACUACUGCAAACCAAUCAGUUGGGUUGCAAAGACAUUCUACAACUACUGUAACGCCUGCAACGUUUGCAAAUCAAACUAUUAAGUUGCAAAGUAAACCUGCAUUGACUACUACUACAGUUAAACCGACUAAAUCGACCAAGCAGCCUGGCAAAGUACGAAAACCUGGAAAGCCUGAAAAUGUUACUAUAGUUUACGCUCAAGAUGGACUUUUAUUUGAAAAUAAUUCUACUAAGAAGUUGUAUGAAAAUGAAACAAAAUAAUUUUGUAUAGAAAAUUGUAGAAACAAUUCAAAAAUUAUAAUUGUUAAUUUUAGAUUUAGAGAUAAAUAAUUGGCUUUGACUGAGAAAUAUUUA